GGCAUCGACGAAAGCGAAAUCAUCAACCCCAUAUUUCUACUCAAGAACACAAGGAAGGAAAGUGUGCAUUUCAACAGAUGGGGUUUUCCAUGUUGAGUUCAUGCCGCCUAUCCCCGACGAUUUCUCCUCCACAAACCCCAAAAUUCGGGAGCUCAUUGUCCGAAGGAGCCCGAUUCGAGAUGAAGAUGAUGUUUCCUGGUCCAAUUAGGGCAAACCCACCUCGAGUAUCGAAGUGCAAGUCCGAGUCCGGGGACUUUGUACAGAGAAGUAGCCCAAAUGAGGUCAGGAAAGAGCUAGAGAGAUGUUUUGAUCUGAUACACAGGCUCGGGAGGGGGGUUGUCUACUUGGGUUCUGCGAGGUUCCUACCGAAUCACUCGCACUACCUGCAGGCACAAGACUUGAGCAGAGAGGUGGCAAAGCUUUUAGACUGUACUACAUGGUCUGGAGCUGGGCCAGGACUUAUGGAUGCUGUGACUAAAGGCGCGCUGGAGAUCGGGAAACCAGUUGGGGGUAUCAAGAUAGACAAAGAAGCAGGUGAAUGGACUGCCUCCAAGUUUCAUCCUUAUCUUCCUCCUCAAAACUACCAUACUUGCAGGUUUUUCUCAGCAAGAAAGCACGGACUGGUAGAUGCUGUUAUUAGAAAUAGUGUUUCGGACAGGACAGCCGUAAUUGCCCUUCCCGGUGGAAUUGGCACCCUCGAUGAGAUGUUUGAGAUCUUGGCAUUGAUUCAGCUCGAGAGGAUUGGAUCGGAGCUGCCAGUUCCGUUCCUGGUGAUGAACUACGAUUCCUUCUACUCCAAGCUGUUUGAAUUCCUCGACAGUUGCGAAAACCGGGGCACACUUUCCAAAGGGGAGAUUAAUUCCCUGUGGAGGAUCUGCAACAGCAACCAUGAAGCUUUGACAUUCUUGGCCGAUUUCUAUGAUCUGUCUUAUGGCUCAGUUUCAUAACUGUUGUCUUGUUAUUGAACAAAGCCCUCUAUGCAUCAAGUGAGUUGGUGAUAAGGGACAAAGACUUAACUGUUCAUGUGGAGAUCCACUGAAAAAGGACUUCAGCUCUACAAACAGUGGCUGCUUAGUCUUCUUGCUCGUAUUUUCUCA